UUUGCUUUGUCGAUGCUUACCGUGCAUUACCGUCUCUAAUUACCAUGGCUGCUGAUGCAGCUCGACAAAGCAAAUAAUCUGCAUUACUUUAAAUUAGCAUAGUAUCGCCUGAGGUCUGUAACCACGACACACGUCUUUUGUCACACGGACUACCUUGGUCUUUAUCACUUUGCUAGACAUGGAUGAGCCGGAGCUUCUGCUGGACUCCAAUAUCAGACUUUGGGUGGUCUUGCCCAUCGUCUUUAUCACGUUCCUUGUUGGGGUGAUUCGACAUUAUGUCUCCAUUCUGCUUCAGAGUGACAAGAAGCUGACAUUAGAGCAGGUGUCAGACAGCCAGGUUCUUAUCAGGAGCAGAAUCCUCAGAGAAAAUGGGAAGUACAUUCCGAAACAGUCUUUCUUGAUGAGGAAGUUUUACUUCAAUAAUCAAGAAGAUGGCUUCUUCAAAAAGACCAAAAGAAAGGUUGUUCCUCCCUCCCCAAUGACAGACCCCAGCAUGCUGACAGACAUGAUGAAAGGCAACGUGACCAAUGUACUUCCCAUGAUCCUCAUCGGAGGCUGGAUCAAUUGGACCUUCUCAGGGUUUGUCACAACCAAGGUUCCUUUUCCUCUCACCCUGCGCUUCAAGCCCAUGUUGCAACAAGGAAUCGAGCUACUUUCACUUGAUGCUUCCUGGGUGAGUUCAGCGUCGUGGUAUUUUCUGAAUGUGUUUGGGCUGCGAAGCAUGUACUCCUUAAUUCUAGGACAAGAUAAUGGUGCAGAUCAGUCCAGGAUCAUGCAAGAGCAGAUGAGUGGUGCUGCCAUGGCCAUGCCUGCAGACACCAACAAAGCCUUCAAGGCAGAAUGGGAGGCACUUGAGCUAACUGACCACCAGUGGGCACUGGAGGGUGUUGAGGAGGAGCUAAUGAGCAGGGAACUGGAUCUGGAUGGAAUGUUCAGUAAGGAGUUACCAACGGGUAUCUUCUGAGUGCCAGUUCAUCACUACAGGGAACCUGCCACUGGCAAAAUGGUAGUCUUACUUAAAGAGGCAGACUUAGAGUUUCUCUAGGAAAUGAUAGAGUGGAACAAGGUCCCUGGGCUUUGGUGAUAAAUGGAGAUGUGAUGUCUAAAUUCAUUUCAGUUACAUCAUUGUCCAUUCAAGUUUAAUUGGAGAUUGUACCAAGUUCAAUUUAUAAUUUGAACUAUUUGAAAGAUUCACCCUCACCUACUCAUUCAAGGGUUUUUCUUUAUUUUUACAUUGUAGAAUAAUCGUGAAAACA